UCACGUCAAGUUGAAUCGCACUGGAUUGACUCUCGUUUUACUGAAUUUAUUCGACGAGCAAGUGCUCUUCGUUACUAGAGCAUUCGUUCGCGUUCAGCAUCCAAUUCAGGAAGUAAUUGCUCAAUAACGGAAGAAUGCUCGUUUAUGUUUAAAUUUCGUCGAAAUGGGGGGAAAAAUGAACAUUCGCUCGUUCAGUCUAAAUGCGCUUUUAAAUGUUUAGACAUUGAACAGUAAGCAAAUUGAAAUUGAAUAUUAUUGUUAUGCGAAUUAUAAAUUACUAAUAAAUUCUAAAUAUUAAUUCCAUGAUUUUUACCAAGUAUAUGCGCAAUCAAUUGUUUAACCAAUGAAACUUUUACUAUUUGAUAUAUCAUUCCAUACCACGAUUUCUUAUUGGAUAACGAAUAUUUAGAUAGUAGCACAAUCAUACGCAUAUUGCGUUUACACGGUUUGACGAGUAAUUAUUGCAUUGUUCUCUGUCCUUAGGUCUAAUUCUCAUUGUCAUGGAACGCCCUCUACAGAUAGUCGUGUGAAGUAGUUUAUGCUAAAUUUGGAUUUCAUAAGCGAUUCUGUGUUCAAAGAGAGAUAUUUUUAGUCAUGCUUUUUGUUGACACGUGCAACUUUCACAUGAAAAGUUCGAGUAACAUUAAAUAAUGUAACAUUCAUUUAUAACUUACACAUGUGUCAAUUAUUACCAUAUUGAUUGUUUAUGACCUCCGAUUGUAUUUUAUUGUUAUUUUGGUUUAUUAGUAUAUAUUCGUUGUACAGAACAAGUUCACGAAUUUUUGGUUAGUUCAGUGUAAACAAAAAUUUAAAUCGUUAUAGACAAAAGAUGGCGGGAAACGAGCAGUUCGACGAAUUUUUAGGUGGUUCUGAAAAAUUACCACCUCAAGUACAUAUUAUGAAACUUGUUUCUUCGAGAGCUAGCGAAAUUGCUGCAAUGACAUAUUCUAUAGAGAAUCCUCAACAAACAAAACUCGUAUUUCAAAAGCUUCCCGUGUAUAUGCGUAGACGCAUCAUGUCUCACAAUGUAAAACGGUUGCCGCGCAGAUUGAGAGAGGCGCAUUUAAAUCAAAUGACUAAAUCUGGAUUGCCGCCUAAAAUUAAAAGGCCGUCGCGCAAAUAUCGCAGGCGACCGCGUAAUUUGCUUUCGGAAUAUAAUCGAAGGCAGCGAACCAAAAUUUGGCUAGAAACUCAUAUUUGGCAUGCAAAACGUUUUCACAUGACGGAAAAAUGGGGAUACAGAAUCGCGAGUUACGCGAAUGAUAAAUGUUUUAAAGCUAAUUACCGUGCUGUCGCAAGGCACUGCUUGAUGCAAGAUAUUUCUUAUUAUACGUGUGUCGAGAUAAAUGGUCCAGAGGAGAUUUUGAAGGAAACUUUAAAAAGUCAUUGCAACCCGCUCGAAUUAACGUUUGCAGCGAAAAUUUUUAUUACGGGUGUGCGUGAAGGCACCGUAAUGUUUUUUAAGAAAAAUGGAUACCCGCGAUCUCCGAUUGGUCACGUACACUUUUUGUGGAGAUCAAGUCAACUUAAUUUCAGGACAAUUUGGAUCUGGGUUCAUCCUUCUUUUUUAGAUGACUUUGUCGCGGAAAUUAUACCCAGUUUCGAAUUUGAAUUAUGUGAAUCUACAAAUGAUAUGCCUACAGAAUGCAAACAAUAUUUUAACAGAAAUAAUUGUAAUAUGAGUAUUCAUAGAAAUACCUUCAAUCGAUUCCGAUUUUAUGGUCCAUUAACAAUCAGUGUUUUAACGGAUGCUCUUCAUCUACCAAAUAAAAAUAUGUCUUCUAAAACCAAUCCUUCAAAUGUAAUGCAAUCUGGGGGAAAUGAAAUGGAUCACGAGGCAGAAAUUGGAGAGCUUAAGUCAUGGCAUAUAGAAUAUUACAAUAACCCCGAAAAUGUUGAAUCUUUAAAAAUUCAAAGGCAGUUAUGGCACGUGUUGAAAACAUUACAGUCUCCUAGUCAAUUGCCACCAAAUAUUGUUCUUGGAUUUACCAUCUUAGAUCCUAGGUUUCAUCUGCCUCAAAAAAGAGUUAAACUAUUAAGAGAGAUACAGGAUAUUGAAAUAAUGCCAAUGCCUCCUACGAGUGCAAAUUCGAGUCCAAUUUGGGAGAAGGAAAUACGGGAUAAAGUUAGUAAAGAAUGUGUAAGGACAAGUACAAUAAAUAAUUUAAGAAGCAAAUGUUUAGUACCUGGCACAAGUAAUGAUAGAUAUUUCAAUGAAGAAAUCAUGGCAAAAAUACCUAUACUCCUAAUUCAGAAACCUGGAACUGGUAAUGCAGGUUUAGGUUCAAGUAUAGAUAUUAUAUUCCCUGCCAAUUGGGCAAUGCCAUUUUGGCUUGCAUGUAUAUUUCGUUGUGUAAGAGUUGGUGCAUUUAGGGAAUCAAAAUCUAUAGCAUUUGAAUAUGGAAAUAUACGGUCACCAGAUAUUAAUGAUCCAGAUACACCUGCUUAUGCACGAGAAGCAUUGAGUACAAAGUUAGAAUUAAGAGAAAAAUAUUUUCGUUAUCCACCAAAUAGACGUGUAAAUUUUGUUAAAUUAGGAAUUUCUAGUCCUUUCUUCUGUGAGUGGAAAAUCCUGAUGAAAGAAUGGACAGGCACAGAAGAAUUUUCUGUAUUAAGAAAUCGACAUUUAUUAAAAUUGUUGAGGGACAGUUUACGAGCUGAAGAAAGUAAUAAAAGAAAGCAAAAUAAACCAAUUAAUCAUACAUCAAAUUUUACUUUACAAAAUGCAUUAGAAGAUAGAAAUUAUCUAGUUAGAGUAAAAGUAACCAUUUUACAAAAAGGAUGUCCUAAAAGAUUUGCAGUAAUAUGUAUGCCAACAGCAGAGGAUGUAAACCAGUUUAAACAUAAUAGACAGUGGUCAGGUCCAGUUGAAAAAUUAAAUUUUGAUCGAAAUGAAAUUAUUCGUAAAACUUCACGAAAAAAUCACUUAAUUCUUCUAAAACGUUUAAGAAGACAAAGAAUUCGUCAUAAAAAGAAAUUAACUGAUAACAUAAGCAAGAUUUUAAUCAAAGACUUUCAAGCUGAUGAUCAUGAAAAUAAGAGCAAAAAUUUAUUAAAAUUUAGUCGUGAAAUUGUAUUUAAGCAAUUUCAAAAGAUGAUGCAAUUGUAUCUUCCAGAGUGUAACAAUGUACGGCAUUCCUGUGAUAGAGAAAUUAUGGGCUAUUUAACAAUGGGUGAUUUUUCCUUUGCUGAAGCAAAGGGCAUAGGUUUUGGAUAUAUAACAUUAGAUUCAUUAACUGAACUAAUUAACAAACAAUACAAUUUUGUUCUUGUCAGAAAUAUUCAAACGAGACAAUAUAGAAUAGCUAGUUUAGAUAUACUAACUUAAACAUAUAAAUAUAAAUGAAUUAUUUAGUGAAAAUAUAAACCGUAAUAAACAGCGUAAAUAAGAAAUAUUUGUUCUUUAAAAUGUGCAUACAUGUUUCAUUGCAAUAAAAAUGUAUAUAAUGAAAAAAUAAAGAGAUAACAGAAGUAGAGGUAUCAUAAUCACGUUUACAGAUAACAAUAUUAAAUACUGAUAGUGUGUGUGUGUGUAUAUAUAUGUACGGUUAUAUAAUG